AAUUUAGUCAUUUAGGGGAUUGACGAAAACUUCCUCCUUUUUUAUUUUUACACUAUAGAAAAUUCCGUCUAUAAAUUCAAACACCUUCUCCACAUUGCAAUCCCAACUCAUUCUGCCAAGGCAAAGACCAAAUCAUUUCAUUCUCUGUUUCAGUUGCACCAUGAGACAUCCCAUUCUGUUGCUUGGACUCCUGGUAGUAGCAUACUUUAGUGGUUCUCAAGCUGAAAAUGCCUUCAUACAAUAUUGGGAAGAGCAUAUUGGUCUUCCACACCCUCCGCACUGGUUAGCUACAAAGGCUUCUUCAUUAAACCCCCAUCAAGAGGCAGUGUAUAUGAAAAUUAUAGAGAAAAAUGAAUUGGCAUCCCACCUGCAUUCAUUUUGUAAGCUGGCUAAUGUUGCUUGUUCUACAAAUGCACUGAAGAAGAAGACAACUGACAGCACAACCUUGCCACCAAUAGCCCCAUGGAAUGAAGCCAAAUUGAAAUAUGAUUUUCCUAAUGAAGUACCCUUGUCGGUAGCCAGCCAAGGUGGAUUGCCAUAUUUUCGGAAGUCAAUGGUGGAAGAGGGAAGUGUCAUAGCUGUCCCUGAUCUAAGGGACCCAAUGUCAUAUAAAUCAUUCUUACCGCGAUCUCUGGCAUCAAAAAUCCCAUUUUCCGUUGCCCAGAUUGAGAAAUUGAAGAAGCUUUUUGGUGUGAUAGAUGAAUCAAACAUGGAUGAAUAUAUUCAAGACACCCUCAAGAUAUGUGAGAAGAGCCCCAUUCGAGGUGAGAAGAGAACUUGUGCAACUUCUGUCGAGGAUCUGAUUGAUUUUAUCGUCGAAGAAUUAGGACACUAUGUACAUGUAUGGAGUACUGAAAGCAUCGAAGGAUCUUAUGAGAAUGUCACAAUUGGAGUUGUGAAACUCAAAUAUGGAAAUCUUUCUGAUUCACCAGCCUUAUGUCAUAGCCAGCCAUUUAUAUUUCAAGUCUAUUAUUGCCAUGUUUUACAGAAGGUAAAAGUUUAUGCAGUUGAUAUACAUGCUAAGAAGAAAGUGAAUCAUGCGAUCAUGGCAUGCCAUUAUGACACAUCAACUUGGAAUCCAAAUCAUCUUGCUUUUAAGUUGCUGGGUUUUGGCCCGGGUCAAAUUGAAGUCUGCCAUUGGAUAAAUGAGAAUGGAAUAGUCUGGACAAAGACUCUAGGCUGAGAAACAAUUGAAGUUUGAUUAUCUUCUUCUAGUUUUCUUGUUAAUGUUACUAUACAUAUUACUGCUUAUGCUAUUUGAAGGAUAAAUAAUGACUUAUUUUGGCCUGCUUA